UACAGUAGUUUGAAUACAAUGAUACAAUUAAUUUAAAAAUUAACAAGUUUACAGUAAUUAGAAACGUGAAAGUUUAAAAUUUAAUAAACAUGAAGAAGAUUGUGUAUGCUCAGAAGACAACACUGAGAAUGAUGGCAGUAUGAUAUAUUUGCAUGGUUUUCCUGCACCUUUAUUUUUUAUGUAGAUUUCACAACUAAGACCAGAACUACGUUUUUGGAGGCUCCCCUACAUUACUACUCAAAAUGAGUGUGAAAAAUUUCCAAUUAAGUGAAAACUCGUCUGUUUUUGAUCACAAAGCAUGUACUAUUAUUUCGUAUCCCAACACUAACUUCACAAGUAUUGCAAGUUCCAGUAUAGUUUCAGUCAGGGAGCCACAGACCAAAGAUGAAUAUCGUAUUACAGAAAUUGAGAAGGAAAUCCAUUCAUUGGAAUCCGUUUGUAAAUCUAUGUGUGCUGACCUGGAGCAUUCCCCUCUCACUACGAGAUAUGUUGUUGAGAUACAGAGAGUGUGGGAUCUCCUGGUCAAGUCUCACAAUAACAGCAAGCGGAUGGCCGACGUCAUCAAAGAGCAACUCCAAGCCCUCUCUAAUAACAACAUGAAGCUGACUGUGGCCCACGAGCACAGCAAGUCCGAGCAGAAGACCAUUGACAACCUUACUCAGGAAGUGAAGCGAGCACUGAGAAUGGUAGAUACAGCUCACACCCGCGAGCAAGUUGCGCAAGAGACCAUUGAAAACCUGCGACAGCAAAUCAAUCGGUUACAUUCUGAACUGGAGAGCAAAUCUAGAAUGUCUGACCAUGAUGGAGAGUUUAGUUCAAUGGCAAAAACCAAGGAAGCGCAAGCAAAAGAACGUGAACGAAUGAUGGCUGAAAUUUCCAACUUGCGAGAGAGACUGAAUGCUGCUAUGACGUACCAAGAUGAGCUGGAGAGGAAGAACUCCUCAGCUGAUUUAAGGAUAUCAGAACUACAGCAGGAGCUGGAGAACCAGACUAACGAGAUGUCAAAAGAGUCAAGGUUCAAAGAGCGGUUUGAGGACGAGUUGCUUCGAGUCAAGAAGGAACUUACAGUCAAAGACAGUCAGAUUGUGACACUGAAUGAACAGAUCCAGGAACUUCAAAUGAAAAUGAUACACCAUCAGAAUGCCAAUAAAGAGCUGAGGGUGUUGAAUGACAAGAACGGCCAGACCAUUGAAGUGAUGAACCAGCGACUUGUCAAGUCACAAGAAGAUUACCAGAGGGAGGUCGGCCUGGUGGAGGAGCUGCGACAGACCAUCACAGUGCUCAACAACCAGGUCAAGGCGAAUGAAGAUGAAAUAGCCAAGUUGUUGUCAGAGGUGGCCAAAACAUCAACAAUCCAGGAAAUGUUUAAAAAGAAGAUAAGUAAAAUAGAAGGACAGAAGAGUGAGCUGGAAGAACAAAAAGCAAAGUUAGUGAUGAGUCUGCAGACUCUACAAAGGACGAUCAGAGAAGAACAGAAUAAGGGGAAGGAUGAUAAGAUGCUACUAGAGAGCACGAUUAGAGAGAGGGACAUAGUCAACAGAAACUUACUUAAAGUCAAUGCUCUUGUCAGUGAAAAAGAACAAGUAAUAAAAUUGAUAAAUCAAGCAAAGCUGUACUUGGAGCAUGACAUUGACAACACUCGUUUGGAGUUGAGUAGACAAUCACAGCACAUUGCUGCUCUGGAGAAGGAGAAGGACAGACAUGUGGCUGAUGCUGUGGUGUUGACUAAGAAACUGGAAGCUGCCAUUGAUGACACUAAGCUGCAGCAAGUAGCUGUCAAUGACUACAAGAAGAAACUGACUCAGUCGGAGGGCAAACUGGCUAACAAGGCUAGCGAAUGUGAGAACUUGCGCUUUGAACUCAACACUUGCACCAAGAACCUCAAUGAAGCUCAGGAGGAUAUCUUGGAGUUCAAACACAAGUCUAAGGUGAUGACUCUCCAGUUAGAACAGCUUAAGGAAGACAUUGCUGGCAAAGAGAUGCAGUUAAUACGAGAACAGUUAGCACUGCGUAAGGCCCACGCUGAGAAGGAGGCGAUGAGGAUAGAGACACAGAAGGUGGAGGCAGAGUUGAGAGAGAUAAAACAGGUUGUUAGCAACUUAGAGAUGGAAGUGAACAGUCUGCAACACAGUGGGAGAGAGGCGUACGCUCAGCACCACAGGGACCUCAAGGAAAUUGAUCAGCUAAGGGGUGCGAGAGAAGCAAUUAAUGCACAACUUGUGCGGCGAAAUGAUGAACUGGCAGUGUUGAGAGAGAAGACAAAAACUUUGCAGAGCAGCUUGGAUGCUGGACAGAAGCAGUACUCCCAGCGGCUCGAGGAUAUCAGGGUCCUCAAGCUGGAGAUUCAGCGACUCAGUUCGGAAAAGGACGUAUUGACUCGCUCGCUCAACAACAUGGCGGAUCUCCGCACGGAGAUUCACCACGUGGAGAAAGAGCUUAACAAGGAGAGGGUGAAAGCAAGAGCUCUUGAGGAGGAGCUACAAAAUCCCCUCAACACCCAUCGCUGGCGUAAACUUGAGGGUUCAGAUCCAUCGAAGAUGGAGUUGGUGCAGAAAGUAAAGAUGCAGCAGAAGCGUAUCUUAGAGCAAGGCAACGCACUAGUGUUGAUGGAGGAGCGAUGUGUUGAGAUGGAGCGUAAACACGCUCACCUGGAGACAACAUUGGCUCGCUACCAGCACGAGCAGCCUGAGCGAGAUAGAGCGGAGAGUUGCAAGAAUAGACUUUCCCUAACAGAGAAGAGGCUCAAGUAUCUUCUUGGAGAUAUUGAAAUGAGGAUGGAUCAAAUAAACGAACUAAAAGCAGAACUGGAAAAGUCAAGCAAUGAAAUAAUAACCUGGAAGGAAAAAUACUAUGAACAGAAAAAGCAAGUUGAGAAGUUUAAACUGAAGAUGAGUGAUAUGAAAAAAUCAAAUAAAGUUGUUAAUUCAAAGAGUUUUAAUGGACUGGACUCAAAAGGAAAAGAAUUGCCACCUUUGCCAUGUAAAUCAAGAUUCAUGGGUGGAGGAUUUAACAUAUCUAACAGUUCUAUAUAAACAACAAAAAAUGGUUUUGUACAUUUAUAUAUUGGUAUAGAAAAAUUAAUAGCCCAUAAACUACUGAAGAAUGUUUUUGUCAUUGG